AUGGAAGACGACGAGCAGACUCUCCGAGAACUAAUCCGUCCGAUGUCUCCGGAGGAGGCAAACGCCACGUGGCAGCAUUUGCUGGCCGGAGCCGGGGCGCGGGAAGCCACCCCAGCCCAGGCGCGGGCACCGCCCGUCGGCGCGCCCACCCGGCGACCGGCACCACGGGUGGGGACCUCGACCCAAAGGUCCCGCGACGCCGACGAACGAAAAUUAUUGGCAUUGGCCGGGUACGCACCGCCGCCUGCCACCGAGCGUCCCAGGGGCCAGCCCCACGUCCGGCCCGUGGGAUGGGCAACCAGCAACAGACCGCCGGCCACGUUACCGACCUCGGCUCGCCCAGGUCCUCGAGUCUUCCGGGUGGAAACGCCGAGACGUAGGGUGGUCCUGCGGACGCCACCAGGGGCACCACACGCCGCCCGGCGCGCCCCCGCAAGGAUCGAGGCCUCCGCCCCUCCACCCACGACACCACAGGCGCCACCACCACCAGCGGCAAAAGGAGGGGUAAACGCUCCCCGGCACACCAAGGAUCAGAAGACGCUCAUGCGCGAGCUCUUUGGGAGCGAUUCGUCGGGGAGUAGCCGGGAACCUUCCCCAACGACCAGGACACUAGCCGAAAGAGGGUCCAGUCGACCUUCCCCCUCCCCCACAACGAGGGAAAGCCAGGAACUUCGGGGGCCUCGACGGACCGUAACCCUGCCGGACGGUACCCAGGUCACGGUUACCGGGCGGCCACCUUGCGCCAGCGGGCCUACCGGGUUCACGUGGGCAAUGCCCGGUGGAUUCUCCACUUCCGGGAGGAAGCCCUCUACCGCGCCCAACGAGCCGGGCCCCAACCUGGCGAGGAGGUGGUGUAACGAGGCGCUGCUACCUUGUUUCUAA